AUGUCGCCCAUUGCUCCGUACGCAAAGGAACACCAAGAUACCAAUGGCCCCGGAGACGCCCGCCCUACUGCCCUCAGAAUUAUCAGAGAUCAAUCCUUGGAUGGUCAGCUUAGAGGAAAGGUAAUCCUUGUAACUGGAGGUACCUCUGGCAUCGGCUUCGAGACGGUGCGUGCGCUGCAUGCCACUGGUGCUGAUGUGUACUUCACCGGCCGUGACGUUGAAAAAGGCAAAAAGGCUGAAGCAGAGCUGCGCUAUGACAAUAAGCCGGGAAAGCUUGAGUAUAUGGGAAUGGGGCUAGACUCUCUCAAGAGUAUACGAGAGUUUGCUGCCGACUUCUUGAACCGGACAGCGGGCAAGCUCAAUAUUCUAGUCUGCAACGCUGGUAUCCGCGGAUAUCCAAAAGGAAAGACUGAAGAUGGCUUUGAGCUACAUUUUGGAACCAACCACCUGGGGCAUUUUGCUCUUUUCCAAGCCCUCAAAGAUGCUCUAAUCGCCUCGAGUACGCCAUCUUUCCACUCUCGUGUGGUCUGCCUCUCAGCGUCAGGUCAUCGUCAGUCAGGCAUCCGCUUUGACGACCUCAACUUUGAUCGUCCAGAUGAAUACCAACCUCUACUCGCAUACGCGCAAUCCAAAACAGCCAACAUCUACAUGGCAUUCGAAAUCGAAAAGCGCUACGGCGCCAGCGGCCUGCACGGCUUGGCGGCCCAUCCGGGAGGCAUCAGCGGCACAAGACUCAACAGGAUGACGCCAGAGUCGGAGCUCAACGCCCUCACUGGCGAUCCGCUCAUUGCGCAAAGGAUGAAGAGUGCUGAACAGGGCGCUGCCACGACUGUGUGGGCGGCGAUAUCGCGGGAGUGGGAGGGAAAGGGUGGUGUGUUCUUGGAGGAUUGCCAGGAGAGUGAGUUGUGGAGUGGAGAUGCGACGGUUCUUGCGCCGGGGCAUGCGCCGCAUAUUCAUGACGGGGAGAGUGCGGCGCGUCUUUGGGAUGUGAGCUUGAGAAUGACUGGGUUGAAGGCGGAAAGCUGA